AUGAACUCGAUUUCGAGGCACUUGCAGACGCAAUUCUCGCUCUUCGCUUGCUAUGACUCUGGCCCAGAUUCGUUGCGCGCGGGAAAACGCUGUCAAGUCCCAAUUUUGCCGCGAAACUCGUCUGUUUCUGCGUCAAGGUUUGCGAUGUCGCUGAAUCCAGUUUCUUCAGCUCAAAGCAGAAGACACGGCUCAAUCAAAUGUAAGUCAGGGGAUUUCUCGGAGUCUCCCGAGCUGGAGCCGGGUCGGGAGUCGCCAUCUGAAUCAAUGCAGCCAUCUGUGCCGGGAGAGCAGUUUUAUAUCAUCAAGAUCUUAAAGGAAUCAAAUUCCUUUCUACCUCAUGCCGUUAUUGCUAGUACAUUGCUGGCUCUUGUAUAUCCCCCGUCCUUCACUUGGUUCACCAACAGGUACUAUGCACCUGCACUAGGGUUUCUGAUGUUUGCUGUGGGGGUUAAUUCCAGCGAGAGGGACUUUCUUGAAGCAUUUAAGAGACCAGCUGCUAUUUCUGCUGGCUAUAUCGGCCAGUUCAUUGUGAAGCCUCUUCUUGGUUAUUUCUUUGGCAUGAUGUCCGUAACAAUGUUUUCGCUCCCAACUUCCAUUGGUGCUGGGGUUAUGCUGACGUCUUGUGUGAGCGGGGCUCAGCUUUCUAAUUAUGCUACUUUUCUGACUGACCCAUCAAUGGCUCCUCUGAGUAUCGUCAUGACAUCAUUAUCUACCGCGACAGCUGUUUUUGUGACCCCUUUGUUGUCACUUCUUCUCAUCGGCAAAAGAUUGCCCGUCGAUGUGAAAGGAAUGGUUUCCAGCAUUUUGCAGAUUGUCGUUGCACCAAUCACUGCAGGGUUGCUUCUCAAUAGGUUCUUUCCUUGGAUCUGUAAUGCCAUUCGUCCGCUUUUGCCACCACUUUCCGUCUUUGUGACCGCGCUAUGCGUUGGAGCACCUCUUGCGAUAAACGUUGAUUCCAUCAUGUCUUCAUUUGGUUUAACGAUCUUGUUAAUCAUUACUGCGUUUCACCUGUCUGCAUUCAUCAUCGGAUACUUCCUUCCUGGUUUCAUCUUCCAGAAGGCUCCUGACGUAAAAGCAUUGCAAAGAACACUUUCCUUUGAGACAGGAAUGCAGAGCAGCCUUCUUGCGCUCGCUCUAGCGAACAGAUUCUUUCAAGAUCCACUUGUGGCUGUGCCUCCAGCUAUCUCGGUAAGUCAACAUGUCAAUUGUCAACGGAAGUUUCUUUUUAUCCUUUUUGAUAAACUAAUGUCACUCAUCUCAUAGCAAAUGGGAACUAACUUCCAUAUCGAUUCCUGAAGAAGGCAGAGUAUGACAAGUCAAAACUUACACCGAAUAGAAUGGAUCUCUUCCCUUCUCAAGGAAAUAUAGCAGGACACUUUGUUUUUCUCCUGUUGCGGACCACAUCAAAGUGAAUCUCUAUAAUAAUUUGUGUGUUCAUUCAAACUAUAAUCUGGAGAUCUCUGAUUUUUAGGCUCGACCACACUAGCCAUUUUUGCAUUUGAGUGCUGGCAGCUAAACACCCCGAGAACAGGGGAGGUCGAGUUAGCAUGUGGAGCAUUCUAGAAUUUUUUCUGAUGUAAUCCUUUUCAUUAGAAGUUUUUUUCUACAUAAUCAUACUGAAUGCGACUGUGUCAGAGGAAUAAUUCUGUGGCAAAUUAAAGUCAUGCUUUUGUCGUUGCAUCCUUGAUCAAAGGAUUCCUGCAACCGCAUUUCUGAUGAUACUUGCAUGCAGAUAUUUGACGAACGCCCCUUUUUUUUUUUCCUAUGAU